CGACCGACAUCUCUCACGACUCUGGCUCCACGCUCAUCACCGCGCGUCAGUCUACCGCACGCAUACUCUCGUGACAAUUUUUUGUGCUGGCAGCGCGCAGACGCGGAGAGCGACAGCAAACCUCUCUUCCUCGGUACGCCAUCGCUGCAGACCCGCCGGCGUUUCAUUUCGCGCGGCCACCUUGACCUGGUCACGCACUCCUCUCUCCACAUCGCUGUCGUCAUUUGAAUAGCUGUGCGCUCAACAACAGCCCACUGCUCCCUGCACCGCUACGUCUCAUCACCAAAGAUGGGAAGCUAUAACUUCACUUGGUCGCAUCCGGCCAACGAAGUCUACGUGACCGGAACAUUCGACAACUGGAGCAAGAGCGUGAAACUCGAUAAGAAGGAUCAGCUGCACGAAAAGCUCGUGAACCUGCCCUCAACAGAAAAGGUCUACUACAAAUUCGUCGCCGACGGGAAUUGGUCGCACGAUCAUACCGCCAAGACAGAGACCGACCACGAAGGCAACCUCAACAACGUGCUGCUGCCAGAAGACAUCCAGCCUCUCAACUCCAUGGCGCACAAUCUCUCUUCAGUCGCGCCCGGCGCUACUACGGCUUCUUUGGCUGGCCAGCAGCCACUCGAGAAGGAAAAGGACAAGGAGAGCGGGGUGGCGGCCUCCGCGCCUGGCGCCUUCCCAGAGACACCCGCCGCUGACUCCAAGGAGCAAGAGCAAACCUUCUCUGUCAACCCCAUUCCAGCAAGCGCGGGUAUUGGAAACCCGAUCAGCGUUCCAGCCGGCCAGCAACUUCCAGACCAGUCCACGUUCAACAACAACACCAUUGCUUCGACCGUGCGCGACGACCCAUCGCUAAAGAGCAGCACAGACGACCAGACUGUCAGUGUCGCUCCUCUUCCAGCUACCAGUGGCAUCGGCAACCCAAUCACUCUUGCGCCGGGCGAGAAGGUGCCUGACAGCAGUACCUUCACGACAAACACCAUCGAUAGUAAUGUCAAGCUAGACAAGGCGUCCUACGAGAACAGCGGAGCCAGCGUUCCAGCUGUGCCUGAUACUUCGGCGGACGGUAGCAACGCGGCUGCGAGCGCUGCCAUCAUUGGUGGUCUGGGCCCUCAAACCACAAACAUUAUCCCCGAAUCGAGCCUCGGAAUGGGUAAGGACGUUCCAGCUCCCAUCGAGGGACAAGCUGUCAACUCGGUUGGUCCCACGAGCACAACCAACCAGUUGGCUGGUCAGGUCCCAUUGGAGCCGCGUGGAGUUCCUGAGGUCGUGAAAGAGAGUCAGCAGGAGGCCGGCGUCGCUCCCGAGGCAUCUGCAAACCCCGAAGCAGUAGCAGAAAAGAAGGAGCUUGAAGCUGAGCUGAAGGACAAGAUUGGAAAGCCAGAAGAUCAGACCAGCAGCGCUAUUGGCGGUGCUCUUGGUGGCGCUGCUGCGGGCGCCGGUGCUGCAGCUCUCGGUGCUGCGGCAGUUGCUCGUCAAAAGACACACGAGGUCACUGGAACAGAUCCAGUCUCGGUCCUCCCUGCUUCAGUACAGAAGACUGUCGACGAGAACACGAAACCAAGCGGAGGCGACACCACGCGGCCUGCUGCAGACGCGGUUCCGACCGAAGUGAAGGAAUCACAAACGGAGGCCCACGUCGCACCUGAAGCAUCUGCCAACCCAGAGGCCGUUCAGGAGAAAGCCGAUGUGGAGAAGGAGCUUUUGCAGAAAGUGCCAGAGUCACAGGCCGGUGGUGAUCCCGCACCCACAGUUACCGCUACCACCACAGCUGUAGCUCCUGCUGCCGAAACGACAUCUGCUUCUGGUGCACCACAGCUUGGUGACCCAACCGCGGGUGUUGCCGCUCUUAGUCUGGACGACAAGUCCAAGGGACUCAAUGCACCUGCGACGUCGCAAGCUCAACCCAACCAGCCCAUGGACAGCAGGGACGUUAGCCCAAUGUCGAAGCCCAACCCAGCCACUGCCACUGAUAACCAGACUGCACCUGUCGUCACCACCGGCGUCGACUCUGGCGAAGCUCCAGCUGCGUCCAAGCCGAUAGGCACUCCACGCACUGGCGCCAGCCCAUCCACCCCUGCCAAGCGCAACUCUAUUAUGGAGCGAUUUAAGGGCGGCAAAGAGGGCACUCCAGACUCGGCAAAGACUGAAGCCUCAUCGACGAAGAAGAAGGGUCGUUUCAGCAGAUUGAUCGAGAAGCUCAAGAACUAGAAUGUUCGCUUGAGCUGCUUCAAACAGUCUGAACCCUGCUCUUCUGAUUCUGCUCCAGUAAAAAUGGCGGCGGAAGAAACAAAAGUUGCUCACUGGACUGAGCGUCAAGAGCCCCACGGUGAGGUCCGUGAAAGCCAGGACAUGACAAAAGAUGCAGCUUCGGACGUGCGAUCAGGAUCCGAUCCCUCGCCAGCGCAUAAGUCAAGUGAGAGCAAGCAGCAAGAGCAAGAAGAAGAAUAUGAGGACAGAGAGGAGGAGCUUUGUGACAAUGACUGGAGUACAAUCUCGACUCGGUCGUCGUUUCACCUCCCCUCGGUCCCAGAUGGGCUGCUUGACUUGAACUUCGAGACUGACGCUGAAUUGGAGUCCUCUCCGGAGACGGACGAAAGGAUCGCUCUUCCUUGAUAACGACGUACACGCUUACUUUCUCUUGGACAUACGAUCACGGAUGGUUCGACACUUUUCUUCUUUCCGGGUCAUCAUCAUUGGCGGGCAGAUACAUAUUGUGCAUUGAGCGGACGAAAGCAUUCGGAAUUUUCGGCUGUUGAUUGUGUCUUGUGGAUAUGUGCGCUCACUGUGUUUUGCAAACUCUAUACCACUUUCGCGUGUUUUGGGCUGGCUGUUUUGAGAUUAGUCUUCUUUUCCUUUAGCUAUACGGAGGCGACGAUUGAAAUGAAGCAUUAAUGUUUGAACGUGGACUGCAUGU